AUGCGAUCUACAUCAACCACGAGGAAGAAAAGAGUUCUGGGUCAUUCGCGCCGGUUGGCGGAGAGAGCCAUGGGAGAUAUCCCCAUCAGCCCAUCACGUGAACGCAGCCAUAUUACACUACGACUGCGUCAGCAGCAGCCUCCGGGGCUUGAGUCCGCGUGGUGGACUUCUCCCGAAAUCCUCGGCCAAAAGGACGAUAAGAAAAAGCAAGACCAGGCCAUUACUAGCGAGGCGAUUCGGCAAGCCUGGCUCCAACGUCUGCGCCCCAGAGCGUCUCAUCAAUGCUCAUCGGCCGAGUCUAAUGAGAAACGGAAGCGCAAACGCGAGUGUAAGGUCUAG